GGUUCUGGCUAUGGUGGAGAUAGCGAUAGCUUUAGAGAUAGACAUGAUUAUAGACAUCAAUGGACUAGGCGCCCGGGACCUGAUGAAUGUUCUGCGAAAACGAGCGAAGGCUUUCGUUUACACAAAACAGUUGUCAAGCACGCAUACAAUGUACCCACACUAACAGAAUGUGAACGUUUAUGUUCGGGUCAAGAUGGAUUUAUAUGUCACACCUACAGUUACAGAUACACACAAGCUGGACGUGAUAACUGUAUGCUCUGUGAUCGUCCCGUGAAUUUACUCGAUUAUUACGUUGACAUUGAACCAGAUCGUGAUUAUGAUAUAUAUUCUAUGGCAGAUGACUUGGACGUUUGCAGAAAACCUUCACGUAGUGAUGGCCCCAGCACGGCAUUAUCAGAUCCAAGAAAUGCACAAUGUUUCUUCCGCGCCAUCGAUGCUACACGUUUUUUCAAAUCCAUUGUGCGAGACUCUCUGACAGUUCGUUCAGUUGGUGAAUGCGAAAUGGAAUGCAUAAAAUCCACAAAAUUCACCUGUCGUGCCUUCGCCUUCCGGUAUGGUCAACAAAGGCAUGCAAGUGUCAUUGACAAUUGUCAACUAAGCGAUUGGCCAGUACGCGAUAUGGACAAGGAAAGACAUCUAAUAUUGGAUGCAACUUUUGAUGUAUUUGAGAGAGCUAGCUAUGGUCACGGAUGUGAAAUUCAACCAAUUGUCGAUGAUAAACAUAAGAAAUCAGUUUGUUAUUUAGGUUAUGGAUCACCAGCAAAGCUACUGCCAGCAGCUAUAAAAAAAGUUAUAUCUGUGCCUUCAGAGAUAGAAUGCAAAAAGGAAUGUGUACGUUUUAGAGAAACGACAUCAUUUAAGUGCUACUCAUUCAGUUUCGGCUCUCGCUCUAGUUCCUAUAAUUGCGAAAUGUCCGAUUUAGAUCAAACAGAACUGAAGCUCGAUCUUCAUUACACGCACACAAAUGAUCGAGAUUAUUGGCUUUUUGCUUGGAAUCCUUUUGAUUGGACUUGUCGCGAUAAAGUGAAUACAAUCGGCGGCAAUCGAGUGAAUAACGAUCGCCGUAUGGACAUAUUCCGCGAACCCGGCGAUGUAGCUUGGCGACAUUACACCGUAACUGGAAAACCAUGCAGACGCAGCAGCCCAUGUGAAAAGAAUCUGGUAACUGGCUUCUACUCUUGCGAAAUAGAUGGAGGUGAAGUCGGAUCUUGGGAUUACUGCUGCAAGGCAGAUCACCCCUGUGGCUACUCACAGGGGUUCGAUUAUCCAUGGUGUCCUGUUGGUGACGAACCAGAUCAAUGGCGCAAAUGUAGUGAUCGUUAUUAUCCAAGCAAUAAUACAUUAACACAUUCCGCAAUAACACUGCCACCUAGUAAAAAUAAGAAAAAACCUAAUUCCGGUAAUAAUAACGAAUAUCAACAUCCUCCACGUCCAGGUGGACUACAAAGUUUAAGCGAUUUUGCAGCCGCCCGUUUAUGGCCAGUAACGUAUUUAUAUAGUGAAGGACCACCCAAUUCGACUGAAUUUAGCAAUUUUGUCGAUUGUAAUAAGGAGUCCUGUUAGAUAUACGUCAACUUAAAUUAACUUAACUUGUAAUUAAUUUAGUAUCCGUUGGUUAGUUAUAAAAGAAACUUUUAACAUUCCAAACAUAUCAACUUUGGCUCUUAACAAAAUAAAAAUAUUA